CUUCAUAAUCUUACCGACAUCCGUUUUAUUCGAAUCAACUCUGAUAACUACUGAUAAGAAUGGGUCGUAAACUAUAGAUCGCGUACACUGAAAGGCUAAAGACUGAUUUUAUUUUAAAAACAUAUUUAUUAAAUGGGUGUUAAAAGGAAGCAAGUGUUAGAUGUUGUGUCUGGGUGGGAAUCUGUGGAGUUAAUAUUAAAAUGUGUUUUUGUGGGUUUGUGGCAAAUGAUACAACUUUCAGUUCGAAGGUUAUGGAAAGGGCACAGGAGGAAAUUAUCCAAGAACUCUCCACCUGUCGAACUAACCGUAGACUCUUCUAUUGGUAUACAUUGCUACAUUAAAAUUAUGGGUGUAAAAUAUCAUUAUGUUGAAACUGGUCCAAAAAAUGGUCAGAUAGUACUCAUUCUUGGCGAUGCACCUGACAAUGGAGAUCUUUGGGUUCCAAGCUGGUCAUCAGUAGUCAGGCGUUUAGCUGAACUUGGUCAUCAUGUCAUAACCCUAGACCUUAGAGGUAAUGGAGCUAGUGAACCAGGGGAUAGGAUUGACUUGUCUCCACCACGGGCUGUUGAAGAGUUGAAAUCUUUAUUGAUAGCCCUUGGUGUGUCAGAAAGUGAUCCUGCAGUGGUCAUCGGCUUUGGAAUUGGAGGUAUGCUCACUUGGUAUCUGGUUCAUUGCGAAGGAUCCUUGGUGAGCAAAUUCGCGGUGAUCGCGGCACCGCAUCCGAAUCUCUACUGGCAACACCCACCUGCAGCGUUUUGCCAUCGGUCUUUACAUUUUAUACAGUGGCCAUAUUUCCCGGAAAAGUGGCUAGCUGAAGGUGCCAUGCAGGAAGGUAGCCAGUGGGCCAGCUCUCGUGCAAGGGACUGGAGUGGCGCCCUGAACUACGUCAGAAGCGCUGCUCGACAGAAGGGUUUUUAUUGUGAACCGGUGAUCCGAGACAUGAGCGGCGUGUCGCAGGCGCGGCGUGGUACCGCAUCGCGGGCGAGCACAGGGUGGCGGCGCGCGGGCUGCUGGCGGGCGCGCGCGACAGCGCGGCGCAGCUCGUGGCGAGCGCGCAGUUCUGCGCGCACCCCGCGCUGCGCCUGCUGGCCGACCCCAGCCCCAGGGACAAGGACUUGCCCGCUCUGAUCCUCGACUUCCUCGUGGGUAAACAGAAACCAACAGAGGAAGUUUCCAAGGGGUUAAUGGGCAGAGUUCUAGGGGCGGUCGCCGACCGGGGACGAGAACUCACUGCCCGCUUAGCGUUACCAGCGAACGCGUGACGUACGAAUUUGGUCUCCAAGAACCUUGGAAUUAUUUAUAUAGCAAAAAUGUGUUUAAAAUUGUAAUGGCAUCUAUUUUUGUUAUAGCUAAGAUUAAUAUUUUUUAAAUUUAAAUAUAUGGCAAUUUAAUUUUAUUUAAGAUGUAGAAUAAUAUUGUAAAUAAAAAAAAGUAGAUUUUAUUGCAGUAAAGUUCAAAUGGAUUGCUAUUUAUCAGUAACAUUCGUAUAUACAUACAUACAUAAAGUGCUCAGAACUCGUAAACAUAUUUAAUCAAUUUCCCUGCAUUUAUUAGUUUGCGAUCACGUGACAUGUCUUAACGUCUGAUAAAAGGUCACAGAGGAUGUGAAAUGCAUUGAUAAAAAUAUUGUUUAAAACGAGAUAAAUAACUGUUAAAGUAAAUAUCGUUCAGAGGAAUCAUUUAAUGUUAUUUAAGUGAAUAUUUCAUGACGUUAUUAUAAAUUCUGUAGUUUGGUGCUAAAACAAUAAAACAUAUCUUUGAGUAAAAUUUAAACCACAAUUUUGUCAUUUUCCAAAUCAUAAUAAAAAAUGUGAAUAAAUUAUUAUAUAAUAUAUUACAACUAUCAAAUACUGUUAAAUGAUUUUAUUAUGAUUAGGAAAAUUAAAGGUUGUUGAUAUUUUUAGCAGCAGACCACAGAAUUGUGAUAUUUUAAAGUUCCUACUCGUCUUAAGUAUGAUGUGGUUACUUGUUUUUUUUUUUUGUUAUAUCCAAAAUCUAUUAACUUAGAAGUCUAUAUAUAAAAAGGAAUGUGCCAGACAUAUUACUCUUCACUCUAUAAUGAAACCAUAAAUUUUAAAAACAAAACCAUUGUUUAUGGAUUAAGCUUGGAAUGCAUUACGAACACACUUUUUUAGUUCCUAACAAUUUUUUGUAAAAUCAAGACUAUAAAUAAUGUUGUUCAUUUUAAUCAAUUAUAAAUUCAUCCAUAUUUAGUUUGUCUUUUAAAGAGUCAUUAAUGUUUUAAAAUAUUUCGAAAAAUUGCAAUAAAUAUUGCAGCUAUAUAGGUAUAUAUUUAUUUAUAUUAAAAAAUUUAAAUAUAAUUACUAUACUAUCCUUUUAAAUUAGUCAGAUUAUAUUGCCAGCACUUAAUUAUGUAAUGGUUUAAAAAUGUUAUUGUUCAAAUGCAUUUUUAUCUAUUUAGUGGUACAUAUCAGAAUCAAAGACUUGUUUAGCGUUAAGGCCAAAGAAUUUUCUAUAUUAUUAAAAAAAUAAAACCACAUAGGAAAG